AUGGGUAAAGUAAAAAGUAAAGUAUCAUUGGAAUCAAUGAAAAAAGAAGUUGAAAUGAGAGAGCAUCAAAUUCCACUAGAUAAGCUUUGCAAUGAAUUGAAAGUAGAUAUCGAUAAGGGACACUCGGAAGAGAAAGCAAAUCAAUUACUGCAGGAAUAUGGUUUAAAUAUGUUGACGCCACCAAAAAAACGAUCAGAAUUUUUAGCAAUACUAAAAUGCUUAUUUGCUGGAUUUAAUUUUCUUUUAUGGCUUGGAUCACUUGCAUCUGUCACGAGUUACAUUAUCGAAAGUCGACAGAACGCUGAUGUCAAAUUGGAUAAUCUCUAUAUGGGUAUUGUUCUUGCUGUUGUUGUUGUGGUCACUGGACUUUUUGCUUAUUAUCAGGAGUAUAAAAGCUCGAAAAUUAUGGAAAGUUUUUCAAAAUUAGCACCUCCAAAAACCAUGGUAUUGAGAGAUGGCCAGAUGAAGACGAUUGAUGCUACAUUAAUAGUACCAGGAGAUAUUGUGCAUAUAAAAGCGGGUGAUCGUAUUCCAGCAGAUAUUCGUGUUAUCACCAGCUCUAGUCUUAAAGUAGACUGUUCAACUUUAACUGGUGAAAGUGAGCCGCAAAAUCGUAAUCCCGAAUGUACUCAUGUAAAUCCGUUGGAAACUAGCAAUUUAAUAUUUUUUGGAACCGGUGCUGUGGAAGGAAAAUGCAAAGGGAUCGUGAUACUUACAGGCGAUAGAACGAUAAUGGGACGAAUUGCCUACCUGACAUCACGUGUUGAUUCUGGAAAAACACCGAUUGCUCGAGAAAUUGAUCAUUUCAUUACUAUUGUUGGCUGUGUUGCUACAUUUAUUGGCAUUUUAUUUUUUAUAAUUAGUAUAAUUUAUGGAUAUACAUUUGUGGAAGCAUUAGUAUUCCUUAUUGGUAUUAUUGUGGCUAAUGUUCCUGAAGGUAUCAUCGCCACUAUGACGGUCUGUUUAACUUUAACAGCUGUUAAGAUGAGAAGGAAAAAUUGUCUGGUGAAAAAAUUGGAAGGAGUAGAAACUCUCGGUUCAACGUCCACUAUUUGCUCCGAUAAAACGGGUACAUUAACGCAAAAUCGAAUGACUGUUACUCAUACAUGGUUCAAUGGUAAUAUUUCUGAGAUAAUUUUUCAUGAAAACGACGAUCAUAAGGAAUUGAAUUUCAAUCGUUUCGUUGGAGCUUUUGGAGCAUUCUUGCGAUGUGCAGCAUUAUGCUCUAAUGCUACAUUUAAGAACCGAAAUGUCAAAUUAUUGAAACGUGAAGCCAAUGGCGAUGCAUCGGAAGUUGCAAUAUUGAAAUAUUGCGAAUAUAUUUGUGGUGAUGUGACUGCCUAUCGAAAACUAUAUCCCAAAAUUUGUGAAAUUCCCUUUAACUCAACAAAUAAGUUCCAAGUAUCGAUACAUAAGCAGGAAUCUGAUGGCCAUUUCAUUCUUGUCAUGAAGGGCGCACCUGAGAAAAUUAUUGCUCGAUGUAAAACAUAUCUUCAGGAUGACGGAGAGAAAAUUUUAAAUAAAGAACAUUUGCAAAUUUUCCAAAACGCUUAUGAAUAUCUUGGUGGAAUGGGUGAACGGGUACUGGGAUUCUGCGAUUUAGAUCUCGACCCAAACAAGUAUCCAAAAGAUUUUAUAUUUUGCACGGAUCCAUUAAAUUUUCCAUUAGAAGAUUUACGAUUUGUAGGACUCAUUUCAAUGAUCGAUCCACCACGACCGGCUGUUCCACAUGCCGUUGUCCUUUGUCAGUCAGCUGGAAUCAAAAUUGUUAUGGUAACUGGUGAUCAUCCAUUGACCGCCGAAGCAAUUGCCCGACAGAUCAACAUUAUUAAGGAAGGAAGUAUAAUGUCAAGGCUAAUAAAUGAUGAUGAUAAACUGAAACGAGAAAUGAUUGAUAACGAUGAUAAAAGCCAAGCAAUGAUUGUACACGGCGAACAGCUCAAAAAAUUAUCAAAUAAAGAUUUAAAAUAUAUAGUGAAGCAUUAUGCGUGUAUUGUUUUCGCUCGAACAUCACCAAUCCAAAAAUUACAAAUCGUGGAAGCUUUCCAGGGUGCGGGACAUAUUGUAGCUGUUACGGGUGAUGGCGUUAAUGAUGCACCAGCGCUUCGAAAAGCUGACAUUGGUAUAGCAAUGGGAAUUGCUGGCACGGAUGUUUCUAAAGAAGCAGCUGAUAUGAUUUUGUUAGAUGAUAAUUUUGCAUCAAUAGUAACUGGAAUUGAAGAAGGUCGAAUUAUUUUCGACAAUUUGAAAAAAUCGAUAGCUUAUACGCUUACUUCAAAUAUUCCAGAAAUUACACCAUUUCUAUCAUACAUUCUCUUUGGUAUACCACUUCCGAUGAGUGUUGUCGCUAUUUUAUGCAUUGAUUUAGGAACUGAUUUGUGGCCAGCUAUAUCAAUUGCUUAUGAAGAGGCUGAAACAAAUAUUAUGAAAAGACCACCAAGAAAUGCCAAAGUUGAUAAGCUUGUUAAUGCCAGAUUAAUGAAUUUUUCAUACUUGCAAAUUGGUAUUAUGCAAGCAGCAGCUGGUUUUAUGACUUAUUUCAUCAUAAUGGGAGAAAAUGGGUUUCACGUUCAUCGAUUGCUUUGGAUUCGUGAUGAAUGGGACGAUCCGAUGGUGGACGAUUUGGAAGAUAGUUAUGGACAGCAAUGGACCUAUGAGGCACGAAAGGAUUUGGAGCAUUGCUGUCAUGGAGCUUUUUUUUAUGCAAUCGUUGUCGUACAAUGGGCUGACCUAUUAAUAUCAAAAACUCGUUACAAUUCAAUUGUACAACAAGGAAUGAGUAAUUGGAUUCUAAAUAUGGGCCUAAUAUUUACUGCAAUACUCAGCACAUUUCUUCUUUUCAUGCCUUACGUAAAUAAAGUAUUUGGAUUGACCCCAAUAAGGCUUAGUUGGGCAAUGAUCCCAGUAUCAUAUGCAUGGUUAAUAUUUGUUUACGAUGAAGUACGCAAAUAUUUUUGUAGAACAAAACCUCAUGGUUGGAUAUAUCGUGAUACUUAUUAUUGA